AUGCUCAUAUUCAAUCAAAAUAAAGUUAGUCGCAAAAGAUCCAUUCAAGGAAGAGGACUAUUAAACAGAUUUAUUAAUUCCCUACCUUUCGAACUUCAUUUACCCGGAUAUCAAUUCUGCGGACCUGGUACUAAGCUCGAGAAACGUUUGAAACGAGGAGACAAAGGCAUAAAUGGUCUUGACGCCGCAUGUAAAACUCAUGAUAUAGCGUAUUCGAAAACCAGUGAUAUAGAAGAACGAAAUAAAGCUGAUCGAGAGCUAGCUGAAAGGGCAUGGGAACGGUUUAAAGCAAACGAUAGUACUUUAGGAGAAAAAAUUAACUCGUAUUUGGUCACCAACGCGAUGAAGGCUAAAGUCAAAUUUGGUAUGGGUAUGGAGAAGAAAAAAUAUAAGAAAGCGGCAGGACAAAAAACUUUUUCGAACGCAAUAAAGAAAACGACAACAAUUUUAAGGAAAGAAAAACCCCAAGACAUUAGCUCCGCCAUUAAAAUAGCAAGGAAAGCUAUUCAUAAAAUGCUUAAAAAGAAUAAAGGAGAUGUAAUUAUCCCAAGAGUUAUAAGAGUACCCAAAAUUGGUGGGUUUUUGCCAUUAGUACCAAUUAUAACAGCACUCGGCGCUUUAGGUGGACUAACUUCAGGUGUAUCUUCAAUAGCCAAGUUAGUUAGCUCAGCGAAUAAUGCUAAAAAGCAACUGGAAGAAAACAUCAGACACAACAAAAGUAUGGAGUCCAUAGCAAUGGGAAAGGGAUUAUACCUUAAACCAUUUAAAAAUGGAAUGGGAAUCAUAUGUAAUAAGAGUAACAUUUCAAAAAACUUUUGAAGCAGCUACCCAAUCGACCUCUAACUGAUUUGGAUAUAAAAUUA